AUGUAUCUUGGAACGCCUUUUAUUCUUACCCUGUGUCGCCUGUACCCUCGCGCAGCCCGAUGGUCUACACUAUCGGGACUCUUCGCCGCUUCCUUGUCCAUGGCAUUAAGCUCCCUUUGCACUAGCGUGCCCCAACUCAUUGGAGCACAGGGAGUCCUCUUCGGCCUUGGUGGAUGUAUUGCUUAUUGUCCUUGCACGUUGUACAUCGACGAGUGGUUCGCUCAACGCAAAGGCCUGGCAUACGGCAUCGUGUGGAGCGCUGCAGGAGUCGGCGGUGUUGCUCUCCCUUUGGUCCUCCAGGCUCUUCUCGCGAGAUUCGGAUUCCAGACGGCUAUGAGGAUUUGGGCUGGUAUCCUCUUCACCAGUUCGGCUCCCUUGGCCUUCUUUAUCAAGCCGAGAUUGCCGUACUCGGCCAAUAUCCACAAAAAGCCAUUCGACAUGCGAUUCGUCACGUCCAAACGGUUCAUGUUGCAUCAAGCAGUCAAUUUCAUCCAGGCGACUGGCUACUUCCUCCCAGGAAUCUACUUGCCCACGUAUGCUCAUGCGGUCUUAGAAAGUUCGACAUUCUUGUCAACAUUGACGCUUAUGCUAUUUAACAUAGCCGUUACCGUCGGGCUCGUCAUCAUGGGAUCACUAUCAGACAGGCUCCAUGUAACCUCCUGUAUGACUAUUUCGGCCGUGGGAGCGGCUGUCUCAGCCCUACUAAUUUGGGGGUUCUCAACGUCUCUGCCUGCAUUAUACGUAUUUUGCAUCAUGUACGGGCUAUUUGCAGGGUCUUGGGCUUCAACUUGGCCGGGAGUCAUGAAAGAGAUCUCUCAAAACGGCGAGAAAGAUGGCUACGGCUACGCAGAUCCAGUGAUGGUGCAAGGUCAUCUCUGCAUUGGACGGGGGGUUGGUAACAUUGUCUCUGGGCCCUUGAGUGAUGCGCUUAUUCGGGGUAUGCCGUGGCAAGGACAAGCUAUUGCGGGCUACGGGAGCGGAUAUGGUAUUCUGAUCUUGUUCACUGGGCUAACAGGGCUAGCCAGCGGAGUGAACAUCUUAUGGAAGCAGCUCAAAUGGCUGUAA